AUGGUCAUCGUCACGAGGGGUGACUUCAUCUGGAUUGAGCCCCAGACAAGGAAGGAAUUCGACGUGGCCAUCGGAGCUAAGGUCAUAUCUGCCGAAGGACGCCGCAUCCAAAUUAGGGAUGACGACGGUCAGGAAAACUGGCUUGCUCCUGAGCGCAGGAUCAAGGCCAUGCACCCCACAUCGGUGCAGGGAGUGGAAGACAUGAUCUCACUCGGUGACUUGCACGAAGCCGGAAUCCUCCGCAAUCUUCUGAUUCGGUAUAAUGACAACCUUAUAUACACUUACACCGGGUCGAUUUUGGUCGCAGUCAACCCUUACCAAAUUUUACCGAUCUACACGGCGGAUCAGAUUAAAAUGUACCGUGAACGGAAGAUCGGCGAGCUGCCGCCGCACAUUUUCGCCAUCGGAGACAACGCUUACGGGAACAUGAAACGCUUCCACGUAAACCAGUGUAUAAUCAUUUCGGGGGAGUCGGGUGCGGGCAAAACCGAAAGCACCAAACUAAUUCUCCAGUAUCUGGCAGCCAUAUCCGGUCAGCAUAGCUGGAUAGAGCAGCAGAUCCUGGAAGCGAAUCCGAUACUCGAAGCCUUCGGCAACGCGAAGACGAUCCGCAAUGACAAUUCUAGUCGAUUUGGAAAAUACAUCGAUAUCCAUUUCAAUAAAGGCGGUGUGAUCGAAGGUGCGCGGAUCGAGCAGUACCUGCUGGAAAAGUCUCGCAUCGUUUCGCAGGCUCAAGACGAGCGAAACUAUCACAUUUUCUACUGCAUACUUGCCGGAUUGAGUCGAGAAGAGAAAGAUCGACUGGAUCUCCUGGAUUGCUCAAAGUACAUCUACCUGACCGGCGGCGGGUCGAUCACUUGUGAGGGGAGGGACGAUGCCCGCGAGUUCAGCGACAUCCGUUCCGCGAUGAAGGUCCUCAUGUUCUCGGACGACGAAAUCUGGGACAUAAUGAAAAUUCUCGCCGCUGUCCUCCAUCUCGGGAACAUACAGUUCAAACCGACGCUCAUCAACAAUCUGGACGCUGUCGAAAUCGUGCGGAGCUCGGCCAUACAGAGCGCAUCCAAGCUCCUCCAGGUUGAAGUCGGACAGAUGACCCAGGCUCUCACUACGAGAACGAUAUUCGCGCACGGAGAUACCGUGGUUUCGAAUAUGGGCGUCGCGCAGAGCCGGGAUGUCCGAGACGCGUUCGUCAAGGGAAUCUACGGCAGGAUGUUCAUUAGAAUCGUGAACAAAAUCAACGCAGCCAUCUACAAACCAAAGCAGUCUUCGCAACACUAUCGGACCUCGAUCGGGGUGCUCGACAUAUUCGGUUUCGAGAACUUCAACGUGAACUCCUUCGAACAGUUCUGCAUCAACUACGCGAACGAGAAUCUCCAACAAUUUUUCGUGCAACACAUUUUCAAGCUGGAACAGGAGGAAUACAAUCUCGAAGCGAUCAAUUGGCAACACAUUGAAUUCGUCGACAAUCAGGAAGCUCUCGACAUGAUCGCCGUCAAGCCAAUGAAUAUCAUGGCUCUCAUCGACGAAGAGUCGAAGUUCCCAAAAGGAACGGACAUAACGCUCCUUAACAAGCUCCAUAAACAGCAUUCGAUUAACCGUAAUUACCUCAAACCGAAGUCGGACAUCAGUACCUCGUUCGGAAUGUGUCACUUUGCCGGUGUUGUCGUAUACGAGACGAAUGGUUUCCUGGAGAAGAAUCGAGACACGUUCAGUGCUGACCUCAUCCAUUUGAUACAAAUGAGCGAGAAUCGUUUCAUGCAAAAUCUGUUCAUCAAUGAAGUCAACAUGGGAACGGACACUCGGAAGAAAACGCCGACCCUGAGCGCUCAAUUCAAGCGAUCGCUCGACUCUUUGAUGAAAGCUCUGAGUCAGUGUCAUCCUUAUUUCAUACGAUGCAUCAAACCAAAUGAAUUCAAGAAACCCAAAAUGUUCGAUCGAGAGCUCUGCUGCAAGCAACUCCGUUACUCGGGUAUGAUGGAGACCAUUCGGAUUCGGCGGGCCGGCUAUCCUAUCCGUCACACGUUCCGUGAAUUCGUCGAACGGUAUCGCUUCCUCAUCCCUGGAGUUCCUCCACCGCACAAGGUCGACUGCCGUCAAGCUACCGCGAAGAUCCUGAGGGCGGUGUUGGGAAAAUCAGAUUUCCAGAUUGGGAAAACGAAGGUAUUCCUCAAGGAUGCGCAGGAUCUCUUCCUCGAGCAGGAGAGAGACCGAGUUCUGACGAGGAAAAUCUUGGUUCUACAGAAAGCCAUCAGGGGCUGGUACUGGCGGCGUCGAUUCGUCCGACAACGAGCCGCAGCUAUCGUCAUCCAGCAAUGGUGGAAAACCAAAUUCCAACGGAGAAUGUUUCUCAAGCAGAUGCGAGGCUUCCAGAGACUUCAGGCUGUUUGGCGAGGGCGCAAGCUUGCUCGCCGCUUCCGACUGCUCAGGGCUAACAUCGUGUCGCUCCAGGCUCGAUGUCGCGGGAUCUUAGUCCGACGUGAGGCCCACCGCAAAAUCCGAGCUGUUAUCGUUAUCCAGAGCUUCAUUAGGAUGUUAAUUUGCAAGAAACUAUACCAGAGGAUGAGGAUUGAGCAAGGUGCCCAACUGGAAGCUAUGAGGCUUCGCGAUCAGGAGGAGAUGACGCUCUCGAAACAGUUCGGUCCCAAGAAGGCGAAAGAGAUCGCGGAGAAGAAAUACAGGGAACGUCUGGCGGCCAUCUAUAAUCGGCAAGUUGAGGAAGACGUUGAGGUUCGCAAGAUCCUCGAGAUGAAGAAAGCGGCUAUUCUGGACGCCGAGAAACGUCAAGAUGAGCCCCUCGAUGAUUCGAAACUCGUAGACGUCAUCUUCGACUUCUUGCCGCGAAGCGAUUCGGUGAAUGAACAGGCCGGCCCGACCGCGUUCAAAGACCUCGAGAUGCCACGAGACGCCAAUCUCAACUCGGAAGCCGAAGGCUCGAUUCCCUCUGUGCCUCAGGAUCACUCUGAAGAUCUUUCCCAGUACACUUUCCAGAAAUUCGCUGCGACGUACUUCCAAGGAGUCCAGACCCACAUCUACCAGAAGAAGCCGAUCAAGCAGAGUCUUCUGCCUCUCCCGACCCACGGAGAUACGAUGGCAGCGCUUGCUCUCUGGAUCACAAUACUUCGUUUCAUGGGCGACCUUCCGGAACCGAAGUUUCACGUCAUCGAUCGGGACAACUCUUCGGUCAUGUCCAAGGUCACGGCCACCCUCGGCAGGAACUUCACCAAGUCGAAGGAGUUCCAGAACGCCAAGGAGGUCAUCGAAAACGGCGCAGAAGUUGGCCAAAGAGAAACAAUCAAAGCGAAGAAGUCGAUCAGGAACAGACUCGUUUCCUUGACCCUGAAACGGAAGAACAAGAUCACAGAAGACAUGAGACGCCAUCUCCAAGAGGAAGAAUUAGCAGCCGACAGCUACUCCCAGUGGCUCGAGGCACGACCGACGUCAAACCUGGAGAAACUGCAUUUCAUCAUCGGUCACGGAAUCCUGCGAGAAGAGUUGCGCGACGAAGUCUAUUGUCAGAUCUGUAAACAGCUGACGGGGAAUUCAGAGAAAAAUUCCCACGCCAGGGGCUGGGUUCUCCUGUCGUUGUGCGUGGGAUGUUUCGCUCCGAGCGACAAAUUCGUCAAGUAUCUCCUUAAUUUCAUCCGAGAGGGUCCUCCGGGGUACGCGCCGUAUUGCGAAGAGCGUUUACGCCGAACCUUCAUGAACGGAACCCGGGGUCAACCACCGUCGUGGUUGGAGCUGCAAGCGACAAAAUCGAAGAAGCCUCUAAUGUUACCCAUCACCUUCAUGGACGGGAACACGAAGACCUUGCUGGCAGAUUCCGCGACUACCGCAAGGGAACUCUGCAACCAGCUGUCAGAUAAAAUCGGCUUGCAGGAUCGCUUCGGUUUCUCUUUAUACAUCGCUCUCUUCGACAAAGUUAGUUCUCUCGGCAGUGGCGGAGAACACGUCAUGGAUGCCAUCAGCCAAUGUGAACAAUACACCAAAGAGCAGGGUGCGCAAGAAAGGAAUGCGCCCUGGCGUCUCUUCUUCAGGAAAGAAAUUUUCGCACCUUGGCACAACCCGAUGGAGGACUCGGUCGCCACGAAUUUGAUCUACCAGCAAGUCAUCCGAGGGGUGAAGUUCGGUGAAUACAAGUGCGAGAAGGAAGAAGACCUCGCGAUGCUCUCAGCCCAACAGUUCUACGUAGAAAAUUCCACAAGUGCCGAGGCUGAAAUCUCUUUGGAUCGACUGAGAACUUUGGUGCCAACCUGCAUUCCGGACUCCUAUCUAGUGUCAGGAGAGCGAGCUCUGGAGCGUUGGACCCAUCUGAUUUCUCAGGCGUAUCGGAAAAGCUACUACCAUCGGGAGCGAACCGAACCGUCGAGAGUCAAGGAAGACGUCGUGGAUUACGCGAAGUUCAAGUGGCCCUUACUGUUCUCGCGCUUUUAUGAAGCUGUGAGACUGUCAGGGCCACCCUUAGCCAAAAAUGAAGUGAUCGUUGCCAUCAAUUGGACCGGAGUAUAUAUCGUUGAUGAGAUGGAGCAGGUCCUGCUGGAGUUAUCUUUCCCCGAGAUAACCAACGUCGCCAGCCAGAAGGGUGCCCGGCCGUAUCUUGCUGCUUUCUCUCUGACAACAAUCCGUGGGGAAGAGUUCACAUUCCAAUCACCGAACUCAGAGGACAUCAAGGAACUAGUUGACGGCUUCCUGGAAGGUUUGAAGCGCCGGUCGAAGUUCGUGAUCGCCGUGCAAGAAUUCAGAGGUGAAGCUCAAGGCUACCUGAGCUUCCAGCAAGGGGAUCUGAUCACUCUGGAUGACCAGCUCUGCGGAGAGAAAGUUUUGGAAAGCAAUUGGAGCUCGGGACGGAACGAGCGAACGGGAGACAAAGGCGAUUUCGCGUCCGAAUACGUCUAUGUUCUCCCGACAGUCAGCAAACCUCCGCAGACUAUCCUCGCGUUCUUUGCCGCCGACGAGGAGGGUAGACGCCACCUCCUGAAGAGAUAUCGAGCGAGCCUCAACGGCAGUCCAACAAUGCCGAUCGAGGGUGAGAGACCCCAUACGUUGGAGGAGUAUUCUCUCGAUCACUUCCGACCGCCACCGAAACGAACUUUGACAUUGACACUGUCGUCCGCACGGAAACGCGACGGAGAACAUCUCUGGAGACACUCGCGAGAGCCCUUGAAGCAGCCUCUUCUGAAGAAACUCCUCAACAAAGAAGAAGAACUUUCCCAAGAAGCCUGUCUGGCUUACAAUGCCCUCAUGAAGUACAUGGGUGACUUGCCAUCGAAACGUAGCCGGAAUGGCAACGAACUCACCGAUCAAAUCUUCGAUGCACCCCUCAAGCACGAAAUCCUCCGUGAUGAGAUAUACUGCCAGGUUAUGAAGCAGUUGACCGAAAACAAGAACCGGAUUAGCGAGGAACGCGGCUGGGAGCUCAUGUGGCUCGCUACAGGUCUCUUUGCUCCGAGUCAGAUCCUUCUGAAGGAGUUGACACAAUUUCUCCGGACUCGUGCGCAUCCGAUUUCCAUAGACUCCAUGCAACGGCUCCAGAAAACAUUGAAAGUCGGUCAGAGGAAGUAUCCGCCCCAUCUUGUCGAAGUCGAAGCUAUUCAGCACAAAACUACGCAAAUCUUCCACAAAGUCUACUUCCCGGACGACACUGACGAGGCGUUCGAAGUCGAUUCGGGAACUCGAGCGAAAGAUUUUUGCUCUAAUAUCGCCCAUCGUCUCAGUCUUCGAUCGCCAGAAGGUUUCUCACUCUUCGUGAAGAUUGCCGAUAAAGUCAUCAGCGUACCCGAGAACGACUUCUUUUUCGAUUUUGUGCGCCAUCUUACCGACUGGAUUCGUAAAGCCAGGCCAACCAAGAACGAUGUAAUUCCGCAAUUCACCUACCAAGUUUUCUUCAUGAAAAAGUUGUGGACUCACACUGUACCAGGAAAGGACCGUCAUGCCGACGUGAUCUUCCACUACCACCAGGAGCUGCCUAAGUUGUUGCGCGGAUAUCACAAAUGCAGCAAAGAAGAUGCCGCCUAUCUUGCCUCUCUUGUGUUCCGAGUGCGUUUCGGAGAUGCGAAGAACGAGCUGCAGGCGAUUCCUUCUCUCUUGCGUGAAAUGGUUCCAGUAGAUUUAUUGAAAAGCCAAUCAGCUUCAGACUGGAAGCGCGCAAUCACGACAGCUUACGCUCGACACGGGAACAUGACUGUCGAAGAUGCCAAGAUCGCUUUCCUCCAGUAUAUUUAUCAAUGGCCGACAUUCGGAUCUGCAUUUUUCGAAGUCAAGCAGACCACAGACACCUCUCUCCCUGACCAACUGCUGGUAGCAAUCAAUCGCCACGGCGUUUCCUUAAUACAACCUGUCUCGAAGGAAAUAAUUGCAACCCAUCCCUUCACGAGAAUAUCCAACUGGUCGAGUGGUAAUACCUACUUCCACAUGACGAUUGGCAACCUCGUUAGAGGAAAUAAGCUGCUAUGUGAGACGCCAUUGGGCUACAAAAUGGACGAUCUUCUCACUUCAUAUAUCUCGCUGAUGCUUUCCAACAUGAACAAGCAACGGACUGUGAGAGGUUCGAAGUGA